AUGCCGGCACCAGCUCUACCUAUCGAGAUGCUCGACCACAUCUUUUCCUACAUCCACCCAGACCAGUAUGUUGUAUCUCAACGGAACCAGUUGAUUCCGUGGCGCACAGGGUACAAUCUAUGCCUGGUGAACCAUAACUUCUAUUUCGCCGCCAGUGCAAGACUCUAUCACACCUUCAUCUAUGACGGCAGCUUCCAUGAAAGAAAUCGUCCAUGGAAGUUCCUCCGGACGAUAGUCGAGUCCCCAAGACUUGCGAAUCAAGUCCGGACGGUCGACAUCCAGCAUAUGCUAAAACAUAACGGUCCAAGAAGCCGCAACUUCGUCGGGGAUCUAGUCGAUGAUUACCUCGAAAUUGUUGGAAGAGCCGUCAUACAUGCAGGAUUUUCCGAGCUAGGUCUAGAUAAUAUCGUGGGCGUUUUCCGCAUAAAUAUUAGCACCCCACUCGCUGCGUUGAUCAUCGCGUGCCUCCCGAGGUUGAGAACACUCUACAUGAACUUUGCAGAUGAAGAUGCGUUUAUGGAGAUCCUUCUCUCCUACGCAGUCAAUGUUCCUUCUCGUUGGGUCUCGAACAAAUCUCGACCACAGGGUCCGAUUUUGCAGCAGCUAGAACGCCUGUUUGUCGCCUCAGAUGGGAAUUUCACGAGGGGCGGCUAUUCCCUCCAGAUUGACGAGAACCGGCCCUUCACGUUUCUCCCAAGCCUUCGCCAACUGACUUUGAUCAAAGCCAGAUUAGUGCCUGAUAUCUUGACGUGGUCCUCCCCGCCAUACAACGCGACGCUCCCUCCACACCUUACGAGACUCGCAAUCGACUUGGGCGAUUGUUCGCAGCUCAGUGAGCUUUGGUGCCUCCUCGAUUCUCUCCCCGGCCUCACUCAUCUGUCCCUAGAUUUCAGUGGCGUGCCUUCUUGGGUGCUUCGUUCGUACUCUAACGCCGUGCUCUGGAAGCGUCUGGCACGAUUUCAGGACACCCUUGAAGAACUGGACAUCUCAAUGGGCCCCAGUAGUACGUUCGGUGACCCGCCCAGAAGCUUUUCGCCAGGAUGUUCCCCAUUUUGCACCCCAGUGUGGCAGUUCCACAAGCUCAAGCGGCUAAGUAUUCAGCCGGAUAUCCUACUAGGGAACUGCAAGGACCACCCGGCACCAACCCAGCCCGUCGGCCAUUUGGCGGAUGGUCUCGAAAGGCUACUCCUAUACGGGUGGUUUUCCAUAUCCAACAAUAUGGAGACAAUGCUCGAAUGUAUCGCGAGAAUAAAACAUCCUCCAAGAAAGAUUUACGUAGUAAGCGCCGGCACCUACGACGUCCUACAAUUUGAAGCACAACAGCUCGAACACAGAUGCGCUGCCAGGGGAAUUCCGGUCAAGAUCACGAUCUACAACCAGAUCCCCUAUGGAAAUUACUGGGCCUCCUGA